AUGGCUGUAUCGCUUGAGAACUUCGAAGUUGUUCGAAUCAGUGGACAGCAACAGACCUCGUCAUUUGGUUACAUUGAAGACUAUCCUUUUCCGUUGGCAUUGCAGACACGAAGAGGAUGGAAGCCAAGCCUAGAAGAAGCAGUAUCGCAUCUAGAGUCGAUAAGCGCAACAGGAGCGGUUUUUGACCUGGUAAAACGACACGGUGGGGCUGUCUUGAUUCGAGGGCUUCCAAUCGAGAACGCAGAGGGCUAUAGUCGUAUUGCCCAUGCCUUCGGACUCGAACCUCAUGAAGAAGUCGGACGUCCACCUAUCCGCACUGUUCUCGCAAAAAACGUAAAGACCGCGAACGAAGGCCCGCCGGAACUACCGAUCUGGCCACACAAUGAGUACGGGUGGUCGACGCAUAACCCUGCAUGGCUGACCUUCUCUUGUCUCCAAGUGCCCGAAACCGGUGGCGCGACACCAGUCAUAUCGAGCAUCGGCCUCGCCCGCAAGCUCAAAUCGUUGGCACCCGGCUUUUACCAGCAACUGCUAGAGAAAGGAGUGCGAUACAUUUACAGAUAUGGUCGACAGCAAGUGACCUCAACGACCGGUGCGAGUGUCUUCGCUGCAUACGGCCAGUACAUUGCAGAAGGAGACAGUGAAGCCACAAUACGCCAGAAAAUCGAAACUGAGGUCAAGCGCCACAGCAGCUUGUUCCAAUGGCAUGACGACGGUAGUCUGAGCGUGACACACAUCGUGCCCAUCAUCCGCCAGCAUGUCUCUACGGGCCUGACAACUUGGUUCGGCAACCUGACUUCCGCGUACGGUCGCUCGCGCCACCAUGGCGCAACGGAACCCCCGUUCCGUGGAGACGAUGGCUCGUAUCAUCCGCUACCAACAUAUGGAGAUGGCUCGCCCAUCGCGACUGCCGAAUUGGAACUCGCGCUGAAUCUUGCAGAGAAGCUACAGGUCGAUUUGCAUUGGCAGAAGGGUGAUAUCGUACUUAUUGACAACUAUGUUGUUAUGCAUUCAAGGAAGCCUUGGGUCGGGGACAGGGUGGUUCUUGCAGCGCUGUGGGAUCAAGAGGGCAGGAUUGCAGAUCUUGCGGAAGGAGAACGGCUACACGAGUGGAAAGAAUCUCUUGAUCAAAAGAGUGUGGACAUCAGUACGCCUUGA